AUGAGUGAGUAUGGUCCAUUAGGUAUCACUAACUUCAUUACACCGUACGACCUGUGUAUAUUGAUCCUAAUACAUGUUCACUGUUCGCAAGAUAACGGUAUAACAGUGCCAACAAAAGUUUUUCUUCGAUUAAUAUCACCCACGAGGCCUUCGAUAGAAUGGAACCCUCUGCUCAAAGAUAAUAGUAAUUUGCAGCCGACCUGUGCUGUUCCACCUCCUAUACUUCCUAUACUCGAAAACGUUAUAAGAAUAUUAUUAGAUGACAAGGAUGGUAACAGAAUGGCCCUUACGUUGAUGGGCUAUUUGGAAGCAAUUAAUGGGCUGGAUUCGAUCAAUAGGCUGAUGAUGGAUCUACAAAAGAAUUGUUUGGUUAUUAAUUACAGAUCGAUGAAAAUACGCACGACAAUGGCAAGGAGACAAAUAACUAAAGCAAGUUUUUUAGGGACAUUUUUGUCAACCUGCUUACGCAAGUACCAAUUUGGUGAUUUUGAAGUAAGGGAGACAAUCUGGAUCAACUUACAAAAUUUUAAAACUGUUUUCAAACAAACCCCAUUAUGGUUACAAUUCAAAAAUAACACUCAUAUUCAAAAAGUAAAAAACUGUCUACUAGCCAACGAUAACACUUCUGUGGAGGAUCAACAAAUGAUGGAAUUUUUCCAAAACUUUGAUAAUUCUAAUGAUGGCAACUCAAAAACAAUGAAUGAGGAAGUGUAUGGGACUUUGAUCUCCAUUCAUCAUUUACAAUCGAUAGUUAACUGGCAAAUAGUGAACUGGUUGGAUAUUAAGGAAUGUAAUAAGAAGGGUGAUAACGAAGAUGAUAUUGUAGCAUGUGGAAAAAAAUGUCAAAUAGUCUCUGAUUUGUUGGAUACACUUUCAUUAAAUGAUGCCACAAAGUUUCCUUUGAUUUAUAUCUUAAAGUAUCUGGAAGCUAUUAAAAAAAACAGUUAUCAAACCGCGUUGGAUUCACUACACAAUUAUUUCGAUUACAAAUCUACAGGUAAUUCGCAAAACUACUUUCAUAUUUCUCUAUUGUCUCUUGCAACCUUCCACUCGAGCUUUAAUGAGUGUGAUGCUGCGAUAAAUUCCUUUGAGGAAGCUACAAGGAUUGCAAGAGAAAAUAAAGAUAUGGAAACGCUAAAUUUGAUAAUGAUUUGGAUAAUAAAUUUUAUAGAGGUUCAUCCAGAAUAUGCUAAUAGAUUCUAUAUUACGGUUGAACAGAUCAUAAAAUACCUGAAAAAUAGUUCUGAUGUAGAAGAUGCCAGUAUUUUCAGUAACGCUUAUAAAUUUGAAACAUUAUUAUCAAUGGUAAAAGAAUCCAAAAGCAUCGAUAUAUCUAAUUCACUUCUUAAAUUUAUGGCUAUUACAUUGCAGAAUGUGCCCUCUCAAAACACAGACCUUUUCCAAAGUCUUGUUGGCUAUGAGAUAAAAUUUUGGAAAGAACUGGGAUAUGGAUCUAUAUCCAAUGUAUACGAGAAAUUUUUAUUUCGAACAUCAUCUUCUUCAUUGAGAAAUCACGACUCUUCCAUCAUCAACCAAGAAAUAAAAGCAGCUUUCAAGGCACUUGAAGAAGAAGAUUUUUCAAAAGUCAGACAAUAUCUUCUUAAAUCAGAAUCACUGAAAUUAGACUAUGACCAGAAAAUAAAUUUGAAAUACUUAAGAGUGAAGUAUUUGAUUAAAAUAGGUGACUAUGAUCUAAGUAUGCGAUUAAUUAACCAAUAUAUCAAGGAAUGCUGCGAGGAAGUAACGGAUUCGAAUUGGAGAUUCAAAUUUGAAAUUGAAAGUAUUGAAGUUUUGCUUUUAAGUAAUGUGGGUAUAAGGACCUUGCCGAAGAUAAUGCAAUUAAUUGAUAGAUACAGAGAAAUUGGAAACCCUUUUCGUUGCGUGAUAUUGUUGCUUAAAUUAUGUGAGGUCUUGGUUCAAGUAGGGAAAAGUAUUGAGGCCGAAUACUUGAUGAACUGUAACUUACCCACCAUUCUAGAAUUUCCGCUUCUCAAAAAGAAGACGUAUGAGCUUUUAAAGUCUUUCCGUAUUGAAGAGGACAUCCAGAUGAGUUAA